AAUUUUAUCGUCCGUUUCAUCGAGCCGUUAUUACAUUAAAACUGAACAUCGUCUAACUUUCCAAGCAUGACAUUUGGGAUGCAUCUAACUCGCUUAUGGUUGCUUAUCUAUAUACCUGGCUCCGUACAUGUCUCGAUCCAGAAGUGAUGUCUACUUUUCAAAGUGCGAGAUUUUGAUGUGCAUUGUGUUACGUGCAGAACGGGGUGUAAAAGGGGACAUGAAAAAUGUUUAAUUAAGUGGUGCUUCGGUAAGACAUGAAAACAAGAGGGAGGGUUUGUUGGUUAGUGGGGAUACCCGAAGAAAUAAUGGAUUUAGAUGAAUUGAUAUACACGGAUUCGUCUAGAUAUACUUGCAUCAGUAUGUACUCAACUAAGUACCGUAACAGCGUAAAAUUUUGAUUGAUUUUUAGUUUAGAAGCAGAACUCUGCUCGUGAUGUCUCGCUAGCGACAACAAAACAGUUUCUGUUUGUACGAACUGUAACCUAAGAACGAAACCGAAUGACUGAUACGAUCAAGAUGUUUACGAAACGAUCAAUCGGUAUCUCAAUUAAUUUGUGGACGAGUAGAUUGUGGUGAUGAUCGUUGUGCAACCCUAGUAUUUAUAUUCCAUGAAAUUGAAUUAAAAAAAAAAAAAAUAUUCUUCAGACGUUUCUUACAUAUUGUACACUGAUUGUAUAACUUAUCAAAUUAUGUAUCCCCAUUGUCACUCUGUUGCAUGGUGCCUGUUCAUGGUGAUAUGAAAAUUAUGUGUUCGUUGCGCAUUGUUGUAGCAGCACCAAGUUGUUCUUGGGUGCUUUAGUAAAGCGUAAACGUACACUGGCUGACAGAAAGAAACUUUAAACGAUUAUUUGUGCUCUACGCUAGAGCUCAUUAAUUGUAGUGAAGGUGCCAUGAAGUAAAAUCAAAGGAUGAUGAUGGGCGAUCAGUUUCGUAGCAAAGUGGAGCAAUACUCACCAAAGUCAUCACCCAGGGGCGCACGUUCCCCUGUUGUUUCACGUCAGGAUUCGACAGGGACUUUGAAAACGACCAUUUCCCUGGGAAAGAAUCCAUCUAUUGUCCAUAGUGGGCCUUUUUACUUGAUGAAGGAACCCCCUGGAGAAAGUGAACUCACAGGGGCGACAAAUUUAAUGGCCUAUUAUGGCCUAGAACAUUCUUAUAGUAAAUUUAGUGGAAAGAAACUCAAAGAACAACUUUCUUCGUUCUUACCUAAUUUACCUGGAAUCAUAGACAGACCAGGUCAUCUAGAUAAUAGUUCAUUGAGAUCCGUCAUUGAAAAACCUCCUAUAGGUGGGAAAGAAUUACUACCAUUAACGAGCGUUCAGUUAGCUGGUUUUCGUUUGCAUCCUGGACCUCUACCAGAGCAGUAUCGCUAUGUCAAUCAAGCCCCACAAAGAAAGCAUAAGAACAAACAUAAAAAGCAUAAACACAAGCCGGGCGAGGUACCUAGUGGACAAGAAGCGACAACAACAGAUAUCGGUGGUCCGGAUACUCACGAGAAGAAGCAUAAAAAGCAGAAAAGACACGACGAAGAAAAAGAAGCUAGAAAGAAACGUAAAAAAGAGAAGAAGCGUAAAAAACAGAAACAUAGUCCUGAACACACUGGGGGAUUAACACCAUCUCAGCAUUCCAAUUCGUGAUCUUUAAUCUUACCUUUUCUGUUUGUAUCUCACUUUUGACCUGACAUUACGAUUUUCAUAGACGCAAUUAAGUUCUUCCGUUUUCAUUAAGGAUAAACACAUGUACAGACAAUUACUAGAUUUAAAUAUCUUCUACGUAAAUUAUAUUGAAACGUUCGAGUUAUGUAAUUAGUGAUGGGCGCGCGAAUCAGUGUUUUAUAAGAGAUUAUAAAAACAUUCAAGACUGUGAACAUUCGAAUCGUUUUAAACAUUAUUCGGUACCAACAGAUUUUUAAAAUCUUAAUAGAUUUUGAAACGUAACGAAUCUUAAACAUUUUGCAUAAAUAAAUACAUUUAUUAAUUCAUAAAUCUUUUCAUUCAUAUUGUUUAUCAAACACGAGCAAAUUAUGCGUUACUCAUAGAUCUGUCAAUUACUUAUAAAUUUUUGUUAAAUUAAUAAAGCGAUUUACUUGUAGAAAAUUUAUAAAUUUAACAAUUUGUUAAACUUUAAAUAGCUAAGUGUUAAAUGUACCUUUGAAAACAGCAAUUAAUGAAAAACUUUAUUAAUCUAUAAAUGCAUUUAUUUAUUUAUGCAAGAAGAAGAAAUCCAUUAAUAUCUGAUAUCGAAUAAAGUUCGAUGCAGUUCGUUUUUGAUAUUACAGAUAAUCAUCGUAUGCAAGUCUUGUUCUUUUUUUAUUUUUUGAACUUGAUUAUUUGUGCCCUUCAUUCGUGUCAUUCUAAAUAGUAUAUUUUCAAUCGAUACCUGAUCUUUGAUAGUAGCAGAGUGUUCAUUUUUAUUUUCAUUAUAUUGGAAGAUGUAAAAUUCGGUCCUACAAAAAGUGUACACUACGAGUAUGUAAUAUAGAAUCGACUGUGUAAAAUGAAUUUGUGUUUUAUGUGUAUAAGUACGUACACAAUUUACGUGCACUGCAAUAUACUGUUUAGCCCAUCAAGACGAUUUCACGAUUUCUGAUUUUGUACUGAUAUUUCUAAAAAUUAUGAACGAAUCGUGAAGAAAUUAAACAUCUUGAUGAGUUAAUAGGAUACAGGUUUGAAUCAUUAGUGCAAACAAGGAGUACUACUGUUGAUGUAAAUAUUAUGUAUUGAAAAGACAGUAACAGAAAGCAAAUGUCACUGCAUUAGAAGUAAUGUUUUUAAUCUUGACCAUCAGUAUGCAGUGAAUUUUGCUAAUAAACAAAAAACCAAAAUCUUGCAUUGCACUGAACAAAUUUAAAUUAAGCGUAGUAUUAUGAUACAAUGAAUAAUAAAAACAAAUUAAGUUCAA